UUAUAUAAAGCCCUUCUCUCUCUUUCUCUCUCUCUCUCUCGCUCUGCGUGUUUGUGUGAAAAUGUCUUUGGCUAUUCACGAAGGUCUGCAUCGCGGCUUCAUCCAGAACAUGUAUGACGAGGGAAUUAUUAAUGACCAAUUCUGGCAACUACAAGCUAUGAAGCACGUUAAUCAACCGGAUUACGUAGUGAGAGCGAUCACCAGCUACUGCGUAUCUGCGCAAAAUGUGUUCUCUCAGUUGACCAGUCUCAUCGAGCAGAGGACUGUUAAUUUUCAUCAGGUCAAUGUUUCUGCUCGUGAACUGUAUGAGAAAUCGAGCAGUGUUGGUGCAGAGACUGUUAAGCUUUCAUGUGCCGAACUUCUUCGUGCUUCUACAGAGCAUGAUAAGGAUUAUUGCUCCAAGUCUCUGUAUUGGACUAAGAAUGAAUUUUCCCACCUGAGAAGAAAAUUUGAGACUCUUGUGCAGAUGGAGAGAAAGAUCAUUGACCUUCAGUGUGCACAUUGAAAGGAAUCCGAAACCUAUCACUAAAUGGGUCCCAUAUGAUCUCCCCAGCUAAAUACUAUCUUUGAAAAUCUGAAAUGUAGUCAGGUUUGGAACAGGACAAUGUGAUUGAUAGAUCAGCUUUCUUGUGUAUGAUCUAUCUGUAUCUAUAUGUUAACUUGAUAUAAUGUUUGUGGAGUAAGCUGAAAUCUAAUUGCAUCUACUAUGAAUUGCUCAUAU